UUAAUUCCUGAAAACCACGCCUUCCUUCUUGAUCACCUCUAUUUGUCAAUCACAUGUAACAAUUUGAAGAGAAUUGCCAUAGUGUGAUAUUGCAAUAUUGCAUUGGGUAAAUUUGGGGUGACAGGUGGUAAUUAUUUGAGUUAUUCUACUCUUUGAUAAGCUUUGAGCAUUGGCAGUCUCGCACUAACGAAAUUUCAAUUCACCGGCAUCAAAUUUGGUGGUGGAAUAGAUACAACGAAGAUUUACUUAUUUGGAUUUUCACUGCGCAUUUUAUUGCAGUUAGUAGUUAUGAUGAAAGUCUGUCAAGUGAGGCUCAUCAAAGUCGAUCUUUUGGCACUCGAAAACAAAAAAUUAUUGAAUGUCGAAGGGCGUCGGGGUAAAUAUUACCUCGACGGUUUUGUCCCGCAUGAGUUCGUCAAACUGACAAAUCUUAUCAGCAGGUAUGGAGGAACCGUGGUGUCGCCGGAUGAAGAAACUAUUAUCCUCUCGGAAUCAGAAGUUCCUUCAGACAUUCAGAGAUUCCCACGUUUUCACGUAAAUUGGCUGCACGACAGCCUAAGGGAGAGGAAACUGCAGGAUAUUGGCAAAUAUCUAUUGAUGAAAAAUUCUGAGACUCCGCCGAGAGCACUGCCUGUUUCUUCGUUUGCCAAUGAGAAAAUCCCGAAGAAAUUCGAACCAUUGAUUCCCAUCAGCAGAUCAUUAAGUAAUCGCGACAGUUGGACGAGAAAUUUUCAAGAAAAAAAGUUGGACAUCGAGCAUUUGGAUGCUUCUAAAUCUGACAACUCUGGGAAUUCUCACGUUGAGGAGAAUUUAUCACCCAAUGUUUAUGAGAGAAAUCGGACAAGUGAUGGAACAGUCCGUGAAUCCCACAAAAGAUCUCUGCAAUUGGCACAGGGAAAAAAGGAGAAGAAGGUUAGGAAUCAGCAGAAGAGGAAAAAACAUGCCUUUUCCUCAGGACCAGGAAAAGAUUUAUGGGAGAAUGGCAAGAAGAGGAAGAAGUUGAUGUACAAACAGUUUAACAGCAGCCACUCCUCCUUCGAGUACAAUGAAAAUCACUCAGUUCUCAAAGAGCCAGAAGACUCUAAGAACUGUGCGAAUUAUUCUUCAAUAUCAGGAUCUCCCUUGGCCGAAUUCGGCGAUGAUUCCCCAGAUCAUAAUGUCAGAGGCUCCAUCGUAGAAGUGAUUGUGGACACUGAUCUUAGUGAUCAAGAGGUCAAUCUUAAUCCUAUGGGUGAGGCGAGCUGCAAACAGAACGAAAAAGUUUCUCCAGAGGUGAAGAAACGUCUCCACACAAAGAGGCAUUAUUCAUAUGAAGAGAAUAUGAAGAUCUUUCAAUAUCUAAUUGACAACGAUUUCCUAUCCCAAACGAAUUCUCAUUAUGUUUGGGAACAGAUGGCAGCGUCAGAGGCAUUCCAAGAUCCACCACGCAACGCAAGUGGUCUACGCCAGCAUUUUGAUAGAGUUAUUUUGCCGAGAUAUGUCGAGUACACAACAGAUCCAGAUGUUAUUGCGCAACUCGCUAAAAGAGAGAACAGGAAACUCAAAAAUAUCAUCCGAUAUUUUAAAACCGAGGAAAACGGAGAUCAGUCCGAUAGCUACUAGUCUCUUUAGAGACGCCAUGUCAUUUCGUUCAUGAACAUUAUUUUUUUAUAUGAAUCUUCGCGACAUUCCUCCACUAUGGAACAAUCAUAGCUUCUCUGCAAGAUGAAUGAUGAAUUCAUCUCUAUUUUGCUGUUACAUUCUCUCAAUUGAUUAAAAUAAUUAAAACUUCUGACAAUAAAAUACUUUUCGCUGAA